AUGAAACUCUCCACAACUCUCUUCCUUCUUGCGGCUUCGCUGGUUUCAGCAGCGCCGACUCCAACGCUCGAGGAAGGUGCUGAAAAGGUGCUGGUGAAGAGAGCAAGUAUCACUGAUGCUGCUAAUAUCGGUUAUGCUACGCAGAAUGGAGGUACCAAGGGCGGUGCUGGUGGAGCAACCACUACCGUGAGCACACUACCUCAGCUCUCUGCCGCAGCAAGCGCUGCGGGUGCUCGCAUUAUUGUCGUUCAAGGUGGCAUCAGUGGUACGGCCAAGGUAUCCGUCACAUCAGACAAGACUAUCGUUGGAAAGGCUGGUAGCUCCCUGACUGGAAUCGGUCUCACCAUCCUUAGCCAGAAGAACGUAAUCGUCAGGAACCUAAAGAUCUCCAAGGUCCUUGCCGCUUAUGGAGAUGCCAUUACCAUCAACGAAUCAACGAACGUCUGGGUCGACCACUGCGACCUCUCCGGCGAUGAGACAGUCGGAAAAGACACCUACGAUGGCUUAGUCGAUCUGUCGCACGCAGCAGACUUCGUAACCAUCUCGCACACUUACUUGCACAACCAUUCCAAAGGCACACUAGUAGGCCACUCGGACUCCAACGCUGCCGAAGACACCGGCCACCUCCGCGUAACCUACGCCAACAACCACUUCUACAAAGUCGCCUCGCGCGGCCCACUGCUGCGCUUCGGCACCGCCCACAUCUUCAACAACUACUACGACGAGCAGGACACGGGCGUGAAUACGCGUAUGGGUGCGCAGGCAUUGGUGCAGAGCACUGUGUUCGAGAAUAGUGGGAAAAAGAUGGUGUAUACGGAGAGCAGCGCUAAGGAUGGGUAUGCGGUGGUCAUUGAUACGAUUUUUGGUGGUGACAGUGCGAAUACGGCGCCGAAGGGGACGUUGAGUGCAAGCAGCUUCCCGUAUUCGUACUCGUUAUUGGGCAGUGCGAACGUCAAGGCUGCGGUGACAAAGGAGGCGGGGCAGAAGCUUGCCAUCUGA